CACACUCACUCGUGUUUCACCCUCACACCUCAGCAGCAGCGUGCAAAUAAACGCACACACAUACACACACGCACAUGCACACACAUGCACACACACACACGCGCACACACACACACACAUCUCUGCAUCCUGUAUUUUUUUAUGCAUCGGGAACCGGGCGCUUUAUAAGCGGUCGUGGAUUAUGAUGCCAGUUUUUAUAACAGCGGAAUAUUGGCUUCUUCUUCGACUCCAACUGUGAACAGCAGUAAAUCCCGUGCACGCGCGAGUGUGUGUGUUUUUUUUUUUUUUAAUUAUUUUAAUUUUUCAGAAUUAUUUGUAAUUUGGUUUCCACGUUACUUCUGAACGCCGAGAAACCGCCGAGCGAGACGCAAAGCCUACGUUCAAUGCAGUUGGAACAUGUCCUAUGUUCCCUUUCAAGAUGCAAGGUGUGCCGUCCCCCCCUCCUAUCAUUAUCACCAUCAUCGCUCCCACGCCCACUCCUUCCACGCUCCCUCCUACGACCGUCCCGCUCACGAACGUCCCACCUACAACCGUCCCUCCUACAGCCGUCCUUCCCACGACCGCCCUUCCUUCGACCGCCCUUCCUUCGACCGCCCGUCUUUUGACCGCCCGUCCUUCGACCACCCGUCCUUCGACCGCCCGUCCUUCGAUCGUCCUUCCUUUGAUCGUCCUUCCUUCGAUCGCCCAUCCUACAGCCGUCCCUCGCACGAACGCCCCAUCUACGACCGCCCAUCACACGAUCGUCCACCCCAGGACCGUUGGAACCCCCGUCUUCGCGUGAGCUCCGGAAAUCAGCUCUACAUGUUGGACCAGGAAGAGGUACACCCUUUGCUGAUGCGCGAGAGGCGCUCAGAGUCUCACAGGAACAAGCUGCUGCGGCGGACAGUCAGCGUUCCUGUUGAGGGAAGGCACCAUCCCGAGAUGGAUCAUCGCGCCCGGCGGAAGAGCAUAGCCACCGGGAAGCAGCCCAGCAUGGAGGUCCCUCCCACUGCCCCCCUUCAACCCUUCCGACAAUCCGUGAGUAACCCCCACUGUUCCCGGCCUCGCUCGCUGCCUCCAUCCCUCUCGCUGUCCCUCCUCCCUCCUCCCGCCCUGGGUCCACCACACACCUGGCUUCAAGAAAGGUUCCGGCACGCCCCCUUGCCCCGCUCGCUGCCCCUCUCCCCUCCCUGUCCUUCACCCUGCCUCACUCGCCUGCCGCCUCCUCUCCUCCCCCCCUUCUUGUACUGGGGCGGAGACUGGAGGGCUGCCGGUUCGAGUCCAGUGGCGGGAGGAGCAUAUAUUGCACCACUGCCCCCUGUUGAGAGUUUCCUCAGUAGAAGGUUGAAGGGCUCAAUCAAGAGGGCCAAGAGUCAGCCCAAACUGGACCGAACUAGCAGUUUCCGCCACAUGAUCCUCCCCCGCUUCCGCAGUGCCGACCAAGACAGGACCCGUUUGAUGCAGAGCUUCAAAGAGUCCCACUCCCAUGAGUCCCUGCUUUCUCCCAGCAGUGCCGCUGAGGCGCUGGACCUCACUCUGGACGAGGACGCUAUCAUCAAACCUGUGCACUCGAGCAUCCUGGGACAGGAGUACUGCUUUGAGGUGACUACGGCAUCGGGAACCAAGUGCUUUGCGUGUCGCUCAGCUGCAGAGAGAGACAAAUGGAUCGAGAACCUGCAGAGAGCUGUCAAGCCCAACAAGGACAACAGCCGGAGGGUGGACAAUGUGCUCAAACUGUGGAUCAUAGAGGCCCGCGAGCUUCCAGCAAAGAAACGAUACUACUGCGAACUAUGUUUGGACGACAUGCUGUAUGCACGCACCACCAGCAAGCCCCGCACCGACACCGUUUUCUGGGGCGAGCACUUUGAAUUCAACAACCUGCCAGCUGUCCGCAACCUACGCCUUCAUCUAUACAAGGAGACAGACAAGAAGAGACGCAAGGAAAAGAGCACAUACUUAGGACUCGUAAGCAUCCCCAUCUCAAGCAUCACUGGACGUCAGUUUGUGGAGCAGUGGUACCCGGUCAUCCAGCCCAGCGUCCUCACCAAGGGAGCUGGUGUCGGAGGAGGGAAGAUCAUCAAUGCAUCUCUACGCCUCAAAUCCCGCUUUCAGACCAUGAACAUCCUGCCCAUGGAGCUGUAUAAGGAGUUUGCAGAGUAUGUCACUAAUAACUACCGCACCCUGUGUGCUGUGCUGGAGCCUGUGCUGAGUGUCAAGAGCAAAGAGGAAGUGGCCUGUGCUCUGGUGCAUAUACUUCAGAGCACAGGGAAAGCUAAGGAUUUUCUAUCGGACAUGGCAAUGUGUGAGGUAGACAGAUUCAUCGACCGAGAACACCUUAUCUUCAGAGAGAACACUCUGGCCACCAAAGCCAUAGAAGAGUACCUCAAACUGAUUGGACAUAAGUACCUCAAGGAUGCUAUAGGGGAGUUCAUAAGGGCCUUGUAUGAGUCAGAAGAAAAUUGUGAAGUUGACCCCAUGAGAAUACCACCCUCUGUACUACCAGACCACCAAGCCAAUCUUCGAAUGUGCUGUGAAUUGGCACUCUGCAAGAUUGUUAAUUCCCAUUGUGUGUUCCCUCGAGAGCUGAAGGAAGUCUUUGCCUCCUGGCGAGUGCGCUGUGCUGAGAGGGGUCGAGAAGACAUCGCUGACCGCCUCAUCAGCGGUUCUCUUUUCCUGCGCUUCCUGUGUCCUGCCAUCAUGUCGCCAUCGCUUUUCAACCUCACCCAGGAGUAUCCAGAUGAGCAGACAUCACGCACACUCACCCUCAUCGCUAAAGUAGUGCAAAACCUGGCUAACUUCUCCAAGUUUGGAAGCAAAGAGGAGUACAUGUGUUUCAUGAAUGAGUUUUUAGAAAUGGAGUGGGGCUCCAUGCAACAGUUCCUCUACGAGAUCUCCAACCUGGACAGUGUCAGCAAUGCAGGCGCUUUUGAGGGCUACAUCGACCUGGGCAGGGAGCUGUCUAUACUGCACAGUCUCCUCUGGGAGGUCAUGGCUCAACUCAGCAAGGAUGCCAUCAUCAAACUGGGUCCUUUGCCUCGUCUCCUGAAUGACAUCAGCAUGGCCUUGCGUAACCCACACCUCCAGAGGCAGCCCAGCCAUCAGACAGACAGAGAGCCUGGGAGACAGUCAGACAGGCUGCUGUCACGGCCCAGCUUCAGCAGGGGCAUCUCAUCUGAGUUCCAAAAUCUCAUGAUGAGGGAUCUUAAUAGCUCUAUAGAUAUCACCCGUUUGCCUUCCCCUACAUCCACCGGAGGGGUCAUGCCAUCUCGUUCCCAGAUGAGUUUUCAGGACCGUGACCACCCUCAUCGAGCAUCCUCCAAAGACAUGUUUUACGUAUCACGCCCUCCCCUGGCCCGAUCCAGCCCAGCGUACUGCACGAGCAGCUCGGAUAUCACAGAACCUGAUCCUAAGGAUUCCCGAAUGAACAGCGUGUCUAACCUGCAGUCGGUGGACAUGCUCAACUCCUCCCAGGCCUCCAUCGCCGGCAUGGGCAGCUUCGGCGGGCUGAGCAGCGGAGGCGGUGGCGGCCUGGGGUCGGGCCUGAGCAGCCAGCUGCGGGCCGGUGGGAGGUUGUCAGCUGGCUCUGGCGGCUCCAGCAUGUCCGGUGGCCUCCGGCUGAGCCAGCUGAGCCAGAUGGGCACCACCACCGACUCGCUAUCCCAGCAGCAGCAACAGCAGGCCGCCGCCAUGCGCUACCCGCUUUCCUUCCAGAAUCCCCUCUUUCAUCUGGCGACUGCUGAUGGGCCUCAACAGCAACAGCUCCAUCACCAGCACAGCCGGGCUCAACCCCCCGCACCCCUUCUCCUGGCCCCAGAGCCCGAACCCUCUCACCAGUCCUACAUCCCACAGUUCGCCCAUGGAGGGUUCUCUCGCAGUGAGGAUCUGUCCACCCUCAGGACCAGGGACGGUCACCUGGGACAACCCAGCAUCAUCCACUCACAUAGCUACAGUGACGACUACAGCAGGGCUGACUAUGGACGCAGGCAGAUGUCCAUGCAUAUGCAGGAUAAUCUCCAACAGCAACAAAUGAUGGGCAUGGCCUCCCAGACGGGAACCUCCCAUUCCUCCCUGGCCACCACGCCUCCCUCCACAGUCCAACCUAUGCGCCAGAGUUCUGUUGCUCCGCCUCCCACCCAGCGUGUCAAAUCCCAGACCUCCCAUCAGCUGUCCGUCAGUGCAGCUGCUGCACCCUCUGCUCCUGCAAAAACAAGGCCGCAAAGCGGAAACCUUCUCCAGUCGCCAGAAUCUGGCUACGGCAGGCAGCAUGGGCCCCGGCAGCUCUCCGUCAAAGACAACACUGCCCCGGGCCUGCCCCACCAGCAGAGCUCUGUCAGGGAAAGCCAGAGUCCGCAGGGAACCACCAGUCAGAGCACUCAACAGUCACCACAGCAGCAGCCUCAGCAACAGCAGCACCUGCUCAAACCCACUAUGAGCAAACAGGGCUCCCAGUCUCCAUCUACCCUCAAUCCCCCAACGCCAGCCAAUGAGCGGACGGUGGCCUGGGUCUCCAACAUGCCUCAUCUGUCAGCUGACAUUGAAAGUUCUCGGAUUGACCGUGAGGAUUUCAAACUUAAGGAGUACUCAAAAAGCAUGGAUGAGUCACGCAUGGAUAGGGUACGGGAGUACGAGGAGGAGAUCAACUCCCUGAAGGAGCGCUUGAUGAUGUCCCACAAAAAGCUGGAGGAGUAUGAACGGAGGCUCCUCACGCAGGAGCAGCAGACCAAUAAGAUCCUCCUACAGUACCAGAAUCGUCUCGAGGACAGUGAGAGGAGGCUACGGCAACAGCAACUGGAGAAAGACUCCCAAAUUAAAGGAAUAAUUAGCAGACUCAUGGCUGUGGAGGAUGAGAUAAGAGGAGGAGCCAUCCUUGAGCCAAAAACCAGGAUUUUCGCUGAUCAGGAGGACCAGCUUUCCUCCCUGGGUUCUGCAGACCCCGGUGUGAAAACUGAAGGUGGAGGGGGAGGUGGAGGAGGUGGAGCAGUAACCAACGAUCAAGGCCUCAGAGUCUCUUCCUCGGGCAUUUCCUCUGUCAGCUCGCCCCACAAUGGAGUCCUCCCUCAAACCAUAGAUCCUCCCUCUCUACCCGCUCCUCAUCAACAUCCUAGUCAGAAUGGAGAGCUCCGUGGCAGCCAAACAUCUUCCCCAAUGACAACCUCACAGACAACUGGAACUACAGCAGCAGCAACUACAGGCAUAGCAGAAGAAGGGGGAGUAGGUCAAACACAGCACUGAGCCAAAUCAGAGAGAGAUGACCCAAAGGAAAACACCACCCCUGCCCUUUCCCCAUUUAGCAAGACAGUUCUUUGAAAAGAAAUCACCUUUUAUGUUCUUAUUGCCCAGGCAAGAGAGAGAAGAAAAGCGAGCAGGAGACGAGUAGUAAUCAUACAGCUACUGUACAGUGCUUAACACAUUAACACACAACACAAAGGGCUCUUCAAUGGACAUUUGUUCUCUUGAUGCUCACAUGGAGCUUCAGAUAGUAUCAGUCUUGCAGGACAAGACAGUGAUACCUAAUCACGUACUUUGAAUCUGUCAAACAAAGCAUUAACAUGCAUACCAAGAUAUGUGAAUCUGUGCUCCGUGCACUCAUCGCCUGUCUUUGAUUCCACUAGAAACAAACAUGUAAGGAUCAAGAACUAUAGAAUGUCUUGCACCCCAAAGACUUCAUAGUAGCCAUUAGCAAAGAAGUGCUAGAAGCUAGAAGCUAGCUUACAGUAACCCUUGACUCCCAUGGAUGUAGAUGCAUUAAUAUAUCCUGAACACGCCAGGCUACAGUUUGUUUUAGUAGGAAUGUGGCAAUGUGGUCUGGCUUUCAUAGUGCCUUUGAGUGUUUUUCCAACAGGGUUUUACAAUACAGUUAACAGAUGGCGAUCAAGUUGGCUUUGCAAGUAAGGGAAACAAUAUAUGGGCCGAAAACAGAGAUUCAAAGACACAAGAUCAAGCAUCAUAGUGGUUUGAGUGAUGACAGACAUUUCUGGGAACUUCUUUCUUUUUUUCAAUCUAAGGGACGUCUUGUUUUUGGACUGAGCUCGUGCAAUUUUUCUCUUCUCAAUCUCAGAACCGAUUUGUGAUAAACUGGUGCUAAACAGAAACAAAUGGUGCCAUUUUCCAAGUCAGCUGUCUGUGUCUGCCAUAGCACUGCCUCUUUCAUGGUUCACUCACUGUCUUUUCUCUCUCUCUCUCUUCUGCAGUUUGUCUUUGACAGGACUUUUUUUUCCUCCCAAUAUGUUCCGUAUGUGUCCGUCUUUGUUCUUUGUGCAUCGUGUUGUGUUAUGCUUAAACGGGGGUGUUGGGGGUUUCCAUAUCUGUUUUUGCUUUUUUUGCACUCCUCCAAUCUCUGAUUUUAUUCACAUUUAAUAAAAGCAGCUCCCAGGCUCAGAAUUGAUGGAUUAACUUUUGCACUUUUGCCUCCAAAGGCUAUCUGUAGUUUACAACUAGCACUAGUAAUUUUAAUACUUUGAAAGACAGGGAUGAAUGAAGUGUAUUCAGUGUUUGUUUUUUUCUUUCACUUAAAUUAUGUUGAUCCUUUGUUUUUCUAGAAGAUGAUUAGUUUGCUUGUUUCAGGCACAGCCUUUAAUAAUUUAUCUUGCAAUUUUCACCAAAACAAAUAAAUAGUAAAAACAGGUUAGCAGUUGUUUUGGCCAUGCACUACAUUGUACCCCAUUUUUACUUUCAAAUUUGCCAAUUAAACACAAAGAGGAUUUUGUUUCCUUACAAAUAUCUGUGAAAAGACCAUUUCUAGGUUUGCUACGCCUGCCGUUAAGUGCCUGGGAUAGAUGUAUUGAGUAUCCUUUGGCCAGUAGACUAGCUAGUCAUCAACCAAAUGCACCUUAUAAAGCCUUGCUUAACACAAUAAAAUAAAUUAUAUCCCUGAUCCUACAAAUUAUUAUAUAUUAUAUUAUCUUAUAUAUUACUGUGUGUACUUUGCUUAACUUGAGGUUUCUUUUUGUAAAUGAAAAGAGACCGGUUGUUGAAAACAAAGCAAAAAAAAGAAAAAAAGUUUGACAACACCAUUUAAACAAACCAAAAAGUAAAGCAUUUAAUUUAUUGCAAAUUUUAGAGAAUUGUUUGAUGUACUUUGCAAAUGAACUCAUGAUUUGAUUUCUCAUGUGUCCAAUGCUGAAAACACGUCUUUGAAAUGUUUGCAACAUGUAUCCAUAUUCCUUCAUUUUGUGUAUGAACUGUCUGCUGUAAGGUUUGUCUCGAUGUGAUUUUGUUUUUGUCUUUGUAGCCUCACACACUGGUGUCGCUCUGCAACAACUUGGCUUGUUUUAAAGUGCAGGUUGAACCAAGAAGUGUUUCACAUCAGCCAUUUUUCUCUUUAGACAGACCACAACAUUUUUGUUUUUGCCGUGUCAAAGGUCAAAAUGGCCUGCGGUGGUUAAGCUUAGAUUAGACUUCUAAUGAUAGUGAAUGUUGAACCACCAAAUGUUAAUAAUGCUAGCAGUCUUAUGCAGGGAAAGAUUGUCUAUUUAGGGCUACUUCUUUCUUGUGAAUUUACUUGUGUGGUGAAUGUUGGAUUCAAAGCGGGCUAGGUUAUGAACAUCAGUGUCUUUUCAGAGACGUGAUAUGAUCCGUGAUUGAGAAAUUAACAUUGCUGUGAAAAUACCUCAGUGACUCAGGUAAACAAGCAGUUGCCUCAGAGCUGAACACAAAAACUAUAGAAAAUAAAAAGAGACGAGUCCAGCUUUGGAAAGACUGCCACCAUGCAGAUACUCGGUCAAUAGCUAUGCUUUAAUAGCACCUGAUCAAGCACCCUCCCCCGUUUCUUCUCUCUCUCUGUCUCCCUUUUUUCUCCCCCAGCCACUCUCAAAGCUUCAUCGAGGACAAUGUGGAACCUAAUUGGCUGAUGCACCACCGGCAGUCUGCAGGGUGGCAUGGCCAAAUGUCCAGAGCCCUCUCUCGUGACGCGAUUGGCUGACAAAGGGAGAACUUGGGGCACUGGUCCCAUUCUCUUUGCUCAAAGGAUGGUGCAGAGCCCCAGCGGACCAUGUAAGGAAAUGCUGGGUUUUUUUGGCUUUUUUGUUUUCACUUUACUUGGGCCCUCUCUCUCUGAUUUGAUAACAGGAUUAUUUUUUUUUUUUUAAAUAUGUUUGAUGCCUCAUGGUUGGAUCUACAUUUGACUUACAAACAAAAGGUAGGCUGGACAGAUAUUGUUGUUGUCAGCCUGCCGAGCAUGCAAAGAACAGCUAUGCAGUCUGAUCAAUCAGCAGAACGGAGGAACACAAAAGCCAAGGAAGGCGCGAUGCUCAAAGUGAGAGAGAGGGGUGGGUAAGAUGUAUUUCAAAGGUGCUUGACUUCUCUUAAAAUUUUCAGUCCAAGCUGAUUUGCUUUCAUAGCAUUUAUUUGCCUCUCUCUCUCUCUCUAUCUCUAUCUCUCUUGUAGUCUUUUCAAAUUACCCCUUGAUUCCUCUUCAUCUAUUCACUCUUUAUGCAUCUAGGAUUUUAAAAAGCAUUAUUUAACCACUUCAGUCUUACUUCGUUCUAGACACACUUGAUCUCUUUCUCUCCUCGUAGUUUUUAGCUCUUCCGUUUGAAUCUCGUUCAGCGUUUGAUUUUAAAGGAACCUAAAUAUGCACAGCCUAAUUCAUAACGUAAAACCGCUUCUAAACAAUACUCUUGCUUCAGUGAAGACUUUGAAAAGCCGGACAGAAUGUUAUUAUUUAUAUUUCUAUGAUGAAACUGCUUAUUCUUACAAUUAAAGAAAAACUCUUCGUUUAAAAUCUUCCGGAGGAGAUAUUUAUUUCUUGAUAUAGAUAGAUGCCUCUAUCUAAUGGAAGUUCAUAAAUAACCCAUUUUAUAUGAACCGAGUUUCUUACCGAGACAAUCUUUUGGAAAGAAGAGUUGCCCCAAAAGACUGCGGCGAAAGGGACGAACUCGUGUUUCACCUACUCCCCUUACGACAGUUUGCACGUUGCUGACACCUGAUCCCUCCUUGCUCUUGGUUAUUAUUGUUCAAAAGUGAAAAAAGUGGACGGAUGUCGCCAUGGAGCUCUCCAUAUACGGACGAUGUGAAAGUGAUUGGAUAAGGACAUUCUUACAGCUAUCGUUUUGUACUCCACUUUGACUUUCUGUCUGUAGAGUUUUAACCAAGCAGAGGAUGAACUCUUGGUUUCAGUGUGGCCACAUUUCUGCAGUCAAAUUGCUGUAAAACUCCCCGUUCUCUUUCUAUGGAUGGACUCCACUGACACCAAUCUGAGUUGAAAUCCCUGCCAUUUCCACUUUUGACUGAAGCGAGAGAGAGACAUGUUAGAGGUCCUGCUGAAACGAGUGAAUGUGUUUGUAUAUAAGUGUGUGUACUGGCUCAAUCUUUGUGUAUAUACUGGAUACAUGUGUAUAUAUGGUAUGUCUAUGUGUAUAUACAGUUUGUUUGUAUAUGCAGAGUGUACAGCUAUUUUUUCCUCUAAUGUUUCUCUCUCUUUCUAUGAAUAGGUCUUCUCAAGUUACCAAUAUUGAGGCAUGGAAAGGUUUUUACAUGUACUGACAGCUAUCAGAGGCACUUUCUGUGCAGACUUAGAAUAUCAGCAAGGUCUGUCACUUCUAGCUGCAUUCUUGAAGCUCUCAUACAAGAAGUAACUCACGUAAUAUUAAGCUUGCACUCAUUUUCUGACCAACUAAAAGAGCUUUUCUAAGUAGAUUUGGGUGACCAAGCAAUGUUUGUACAUAUAUAGACUUAGACCUUUUUUCCCCCCAGAAACCUCCAUUUGCAUUUCUUUAAAAAUUCUCAACCUGUUUUGAGUUCUUGCGUAUCUGGCGUUCACUUAUAUGUUUGCAGCGGUUGUCAAUCAGAGCUAUAUAUUUAUUCAGACAACCCUUAUAUAUUUCUUGAAAUUUUGUUCCCCAAAUUCUGCUUCUCAUGGAACCGUCUAACCUUUUUGUGCGGCUAGACUGGCAAACCCUUCCAUGAAAGUCUACUGUCAUUACUCACCAUUGCUCGUUUUUGUAUAGGUCCUUACUAAAUAAGUGUGCCUCCUCCCCCUUAUACUCUUACUAACCUUAGAUCCGUUACCUCCGCUGAUCGCUCAUCUCCAUUACCCCUUGACAAGCCAUAGCCCCCACCCUCCGUGAAACCUCCUCUAUUGUUGUUUUGACAGGACAGACAUUUGGGGAUUUUGUGUAUAUUAAUGGAAGAGUGGUGUUGAAGAGUGUAUUGCAGUUGUAUAUGGAUUUGUUAUGAAUGUGGAUAUUCUGAUCAUUGAAUUAUUAUUGUAAUAAUGAUAAUAAUUAUUGCCUCUUUGAUUUUGUUGAUUAAUUCCUUUGAUGCAGUUGAUGAAGAUGCCAUUGUUCCUUUUUUUCUUUCUCUCUCUCUCUCUCUUUUUUUUUUUUUUUGGAAUACACCGGAAUUUAUAUUUUUCGGGUGGGUGAUUCUGGAGAUAGAAAUACAUAAAUAAAUUAAUAAAUAAACAAAUAAUUAAAUUCUUAA